CCUGAGGCAGCGUGGCGGGGGCGGGGUGGCGGUCCAUACCUUGGUGGACUGCAAACCGCUGGGCCAGGGCUGGAGAAGGAUAGAAGGGCGGGAAUAUAUCUUAGGGCUGGGAUUGGAGGAUGAGGGAUGAUGAGCUGUGGGGAGGCCUAGAGGGAGUGGAGAGAAUGUGAGAGCAAAUCGAGGGGACGUGAGGGUUCAGUAGAAGUACUGAAAAGUUGGGGACAGUCCCUGGGAGAACUGGGAAAGCACAAUCUGCAUCCUUUCUCCCUCGUGUUCCUGGGAAGGAAAAAGAAGAAACACUGACAUUUACUGAGCGUUUGCUUUUGGAUCAACUUUCCUGUCCUAAACCUGUCUAAGGAUCCCCUGAAGACUCCUGGGAGGCUGGACCAUGGUACCAGAACUGCUUUCAUUCAUCAUCGGGAGCAAGUGUGGAAGAGGUGCAUCAGUGUUUGGCGUGACAUGGGUCUAUUUGGGGUGCUGAAUGAAAUUGCCAACUCGGAGGAGGAGGUGUUUGAGUGGGUGAAGACUGUGUCCAGCUGGGCCCUAUUACUCUGCCGAUGGGCCUCCUCCCUUCAUGGGUCCCUGUUCCCACACCUGUCUCUCAGGAGUGAAGAUCUGAUUGCUGAAUUUGCCCAGGUCACAAACUGGUCCAGCUGCUGCUUGCGGGUCUUUGCAUGGCACCCCCACACCAACAAGUUUGCUGUGGCCCUGCUUGAUGACUCAGUCCGUGUGUACAAUGUCAACAGCACCAUAGUCCCCUCUCUGAAGCACCGGCUGCAGCGAAAUGUGGCAGCUCUGGCCUGGAAGCCCCUCAGUGCGUCUGUCUUGGCUGUGGCCUGCCAGAGCUGCAUUCUUAUCUGGACCCUGGACCCCACUUCCUUGUCCACCAGACCCUCUUCUGGCUGUGCCCAAGUGCUCUCUCACCCUGGGCACACACCUGUCACCAGUUUGGCCUGGGCCCCCAGUGGGGGGCGGCUGCUCUCAGCUUCCCCUGUGGAUGCUGCUAUCUUGGUAUGGGAUGUCUCGACAGAGACCUGUGUUCCCCUCCCCUGGUUUCGGGGAGGUGGGGUUACCAACCUGCUGUGGUCCCCAGAUGGUAGCAAAGUCCUGGCUUCUACUCCUUCGGCUGUCUUUCGAAUCUGGGAGGCCCAGAUGUGGACUUGUGAGAGGUGGCCUACUCUGUCAGGGCGAUGUCAGACUGGCUGUUGGAGCCCAGAUGGAAACCGGCUGCUGUUCACUGUAUUGGGGGAACCACUGAUUUACUCCUUGUCAUUCCCAGAACGUUGUGGUGAGGGAAAGGGGCGAGUUGGAGGUGCAAAAUCAGCAACAAUUGUGGCAGAUCUGUCUGAGACAACAGUACAGACACCAGAUGGAGAGGAAAGACUCGGGGGAGAGGCUCACUCCAUGGUCUGGGACCCCAGUGGGGAGCGGCUGGCUGUGCUCAUGAAAGGAAAUCCACGGGUCCAGGACGGUAAGCCAGUCAUCCUCCUUUUUCGCACUCGAAACAGUCCUGUGUUUGAGCUACUUCCUUGUGGCAUUAUCCAGGGGGAGCCAGGAGCCCAGGCCCAGCUCAUCACUUUCCAUCCUUCCUUCAACAAAGGAGCUCUGCUCAGUGUGUGCUGGUCCACAGGCCAAAUUACCCACAUCCCUAUGUACUUCGUCAAUGCCCAGUUUCCACAUUUUAGCCAGGUGCUUGGCAGAACCCAAGAGACCCCAUGUGGGGGUGGAGGUUCUAUUCAUGAUCUGCCCCUCUUUACUGAGACAUCCCCAACUUCUCCUUGGGACCCUCUCCCAGGGCCACCACCUGCUUGGUCCCACUCCCCUCACUCCCACUUCUAACAAUAAAGAUUUCCUUCUGUGUUUUCCACUCACUCAA